UUUUUUUUUGCCUUCUCUGGUUUUUCCGUUUCUCUGAUCGGUGAUUUUGUCCAAUGGAUUCUUGUUCCUGCUAUGCCAUUGUGCCUGCUUUCUGCACAUAACCUCUUCUCUUUUAUUAUUUUCAGUGAUGAAAUUGAAUCGGACCCUUUUUCUUUGAAACUUGUCUGUUCAUUUUAAUCUCUUGAUUAUCCUAUUCAUCAAUGUGUUUCUUGUCUGUGGAGGGGAGCAGUAGGUGGAGCAAUCUGUACCUUGCUUACAAGACGCUUGGAGUCGUUUUUGGGGGACUUGUUACUUCCCCUCUUUAUGUGUACCCUUCAAUGAAUUUGAAAUCUCCUACUGAAAAUGACUACUUGGGAAUUUACAGCAUCAUGUUUUGGACUCUCACUCUCAUUGGCGUGGUCAAGUAUGCUUAUAUAGCUCUUAAAGCUGAUGAUCAUGGUGAAGGUGGUACUUUUGCCUUAUAUUCAUUACUUUGUAGGCAUGUAAACAUUGGGAUUCUUUCUUCCAAACGCAAUGAUUCGAACCCGGGCAUUUCACAUUCCUGCCAGUAUGAAGGUCCUCAAAAGCCAAGCAGGUUGGCAAGAUUUUUUGAAGGGAGUGUGGUUGCAAGAAGGGUAUUGCUUUUCAUUGCAAUGCUGGGAAUGUGUAUGCUAAUUGGUGAUGGUAUCCUUACUCCUGCAAUUUCAGUGUUAUCAGCAAUGGAUGGACUAAGAGCACCUUUUCCUUCUGUCAGUAAAUCUCUUGUUGAAGGUCUCUCUGCAAUAGUUUUGAUUGUUCUGUUCCUGCUGCAAAAGUAUGGCACUUCACGAGUGAGUUUCCUCUUCUCUCCUAUCAUGGGUACAUGGACUUUAACCACACCAAUGGUGGGCAUAUAUGGCAUCAUACAACACUACCCAUCUAUAUUCAAGGCUUUAUCACCUCACUACAUCAUCCAUUUCUUCCUGAGAAAUGGAAAGGAAGGCUGGCUGCUGCUUGGUGGCACUGUUCUUUGUAUUACUGGUUCUGAAGCAAUGUUUGCAGAUCUUGGUCAUUUCAAUCAGAGGUCAAUUCAGAUGGCCUUUUUAUUCACCAUAUAUCCAUCGCUGGUCUUGACAUAUGCAGGACAGACAGCAUAUCUGAUUAAGCACCCUAAUGAUCAUGAUGAUGGGUUUUACAAGUUUGUACCUACCACAGUCUACUGGCCCAUGUUCAUUAUAGCCACACUUGCAGCAAUUGUCGCAAGUCAAUCACUAAUAUCUGCUACAUUUUCUGUUAUCAAGCAAUCUGUGGUAUUGGAUUAUUUCCCUCGAGUCAAGGUAGUGCACACUUCUCCCAACAAAGAAGGGGAGGUUUACUCACCAGAAGUCAACUACAUCCUCAUGGUUCUCUGUGUUGCUGUCAUACUUAUUUUUGGAGAUGGAAAAGACAUAGGAAAUGCUUUUGGUGUUGUGGUUAGUCUGGUUAUGCUCAUCACUACCAUUUUACUAACAUUAGUCAUGGUCAUGAUAUGGAGAAAACCAUUAUUGCUGGUUGGACUUUAUUUUGUUGUGUUUUUUACCAUGGAAGGUGCUUAUGUAAGUGCUGUAUUCACUAAGAUCCCAGAGGGUGGAUGGAUACCUUUUGCAAUUUCCUUCAUCCUUGCAUUAAUCAUGUUCGGCUGGUUCUAUGGGAGGCAGAGAAAGAUAGAGUAUGAGAUGACCCAUAAGAUAGACUUGGAAACUCUAAGUAUGCUAUUGUCAGACCCUGGAAUCCAAAGGGUUCCAGGCAUGUGCUUCUUUUACAGCAACAUCCAGGAUGGAUUGACUCCGAUCCUUGGGCAUUAUAUCAAGAACAUGAGAUCCAUGCACAAAAUCACUGUUUUCACAACACUCAGGUACCUAUUGGUUCCUAAAGUGGCUCCAAAUGAAAGGAUUGUCAUCAAGAAAUUGGGCCUCAAGGGGGUGUAUGGUUGUCUGAUUCAGUAUGGCUAUGCCGACUCUCUCAAUCUUGAAGGAGAUGAUUUAGUUAGUCAAGUUACUGAUAGCUUGCAAGCUCUUAUAGAGAACCAUUCUGGCCUUUUACCAUCAGUUCCUUUGUCAAUUGAAGAAGAAUUACUGGAGUUGGAAACAGCCAAAUUGACAGGCAUUGUUCAUAUUCGAGGGAAGGCGAGGUUUUACAUAGGCAAGAACUCCACCUUGUUUGAUAAGGCAAUGCUUGCAUUUUAUGAAGUUCUACACAACAAUUGCAGGUCUGCACUUCCAGCUUUGGGGAUACCACUCCCACAGCGAAUUGAAGUUGGCAUGCUUUACGAGGCUUGAAGGAUAUUGUAUCUCCAUUGAGUAUUUACAUUAUAGUUGUAUCAAAAAAUAACAUACAGAAAACUUGGAGAGCUGAAUAUAGGUGGUGUCUGACAUCAAGAAUAGAAUCAACGAGAAAUAUUUGCUCUUAAUAUGCGGGAUGAUUAUUUUGUAAACGAACCACUGGAAUGGAAUUUUGAAGAUGCAAAUAAUUCUAGUUUACCUUUUUGGUGCCUUAGA